AUGAAGUCAUUUUCCACAUCUCGCAUUCCUCCGUUGGCAAUGAAGAUAUCGACAUUGUUUCUGCUGCUGCUUCUAAAUCUCAAUCUUGGGAUUUGCCAGGAUGACCAUCCUCAAGUUCGAUGUCCGGUACGUUUGUACUGUAAAGAAAAUAAAACCAGUAUUCUUGAGCUGCCUGCCUAUCCCUCUUCAGUGAAACUCCCCGUCCGUAAUAUUAAUUACGCAUCAAAUUCUUUAGAAAUUUAUGAUCCCAAAUACUGCCUUACUGAACUCUUUCUCAAACUCAAUUACUCAUCAUUUUAUCCUUUCCGAUCCAUUAGAUAUGGUUUCGACGAUAGCGAAUUUUCUCUUGAUCACAUGCGGACCAACGUUACUUUCUUUAACUGUUCUUCAAGAGGGCAAUCAUACCUGAUAGAAUUCGACGAAGCCGGACAAGAUAUUUCAUCUUGUCCGAUUCGUGUGGCUCAUGACGACGACGAUGCUAUCGACUCAAAAACUGUGUUCUGCACAAAACUGGUUCGUCAAGUUAUGCCAUUGCCCGCAGAUGUGCUACGGGAUUAUUUAAUCCAAUGGGUAUGGAAGAGAAGUUUCCAUAGUGGCGAUGGAUGCUUUCUCCCUUGCAGAGACUCUGUUUUGGAGAAGCCUAAAUCAGGGAAGAAGUAUGAAGCCAUUAUUUUACCCAUUGCAGGUGCAGCUCUCCUUGUGUCAAUACUCGCUGCCUUGUAUUAUAUGCAUCACUAUUACACAAACAAAGGGGAAGAUCAACAAAGAGUUCAAACUUUCUUGAAGGACUACGAGGCAUUCAAACCAACCAGAUUCUCUUAUGCUGAUAUCAAGAGAAUCACUAAGAAUUUUAAGGACAAGUUAGGCGCAGGAGCUCACGGAGCUGUCUACAAAGGUAAAUUGUCCAAUCAAAUUCUUGUUGCUGUCAAGAUUCUCAAUAACACAGACGGAGAUGGGAAAGAAUUCAUAAAUGAAGUGGGAACUAUGGCCAAAAUCCACCAUGUCAACGUGGUUCGCUUGCUUGGCUACUGCGCCGAUGGAUCUCACCGCGCUUUGGUUUAUCACUUCUUCCCCAAUGGUAAUCUCCAGAGCUUCAUUGCUUCGUCCAGCGACAAGGAAAACUUUCUUGGAUGGAACAAGUUGCAUAAGAUUGCUCUCGGCAUAGCUAAAGGGAUUGAAUAUCUUCACCAAGGCUGUGAUCAAAGAAUUCUGCAUUUUGAUAUUAAUCCUUACAAUGUCUUGUUAGAUCAAAGUUUCACUCCAAAAAUUUCAGAUUUCGGUUUGGCUAAGUUAUGCUCCAAGAAUCGAAGUACUGUAUCCAUGACUGCAGCUAGGGGAACGUUAGGGUACAUGGCGCCAGAAGUUUUCUCCAGAAACUUCGGCAAUGUAUCUUACAAAUCCGAUAUCUACAGUUAUGGGAUGCUAUUGCUUGAGAUGGUUGGAGGAAGAAAGAAUACAAACAUGAGUCAGGAAACAUUUCAAGUUCUGUAUCCGAAUUGGAUACACAAUUUGCUUGAAGGAGAUGAUACGUAUAUUCCUAUCGACGACGAUGGUGAUUUUAGAAUCGCAAAGAAACUUGCAAUAGUGGGACUAUGGUGCAUUCAAUGGCACCCUGUGCACCGUCCGUCCAUGAAAAGUGUAGUUCAAAUGCUUGAAGGAGAGGAAGACAAGUUGAAAGUGCCGCCAAAUCCUUUUGAAUCUGGCGCUGAGAGUAGUUCAAGUGCAAAUAUUCCAGCAAGAUGCUUGAAUUUGGAAUUGGAAGUGAUUCCAGAAACAGACUAGUUUGAUUUAAGAUAGUAUAUUAUUAGGCAUGCA